UUUUUAGAAAAACUUGCAGAUAUAGUUUUAGACAUCUUAAUGAAAGAAAGAAGCACGAUUCGAAGAUGGAUCAGACAUCGCCCGGCGAUAUUGCGUGCGAAACGGAUUAUUAUCAUAAGCAGGACAGGAAAUUGCUGAAAGUCGUUAAGGAGAAGACACAGAACGAGGUGAAACAUAUGCAGAGAGAAGUGCAAAUCAUGAAGAACAAGAUUGAUGAAUACAAUCGCGGCAUAAACGAGAAUAUGAGAUUUCUAAAGAGCCUAGAGAAAGAUUUAUUUGCUGGUGGCAAGAAGACCUAA